ACCUUUCGUUCAAUUAGCCUCGUAAAGAUGUUAAUUUUAAAAUUCACCACAUUUAUUGGGAUCGUUGUACUAUUGGAUUCGAUUCAAGCAACAGAUAUCACCAAAUCAUUACUCAGAGGAGAAAAUAGUUUUUGUAGUCCAUUUCUAACGUGGAAACGUCCUGAACACGUGGUUCCAUUUCCUCAUGAAUGGCAUACAUUCACGGCCAAAAGCAUCCAUAAUCCCAAAGAAGAAGUUGAAUAUAUAAUUAAAGAUAUACCUGAAGACAGAUACGAUGAAGUCGUGGAUUUGAUGGCUCUAUAUAUCCUCAAAUACGAACCAUUAUACGUGGCGCUUAAAUUUUGGAACGACUCAGAAGUUAUAAAACAUUUUAAAGCAGAAUGGAGACGACAACUCAAACAAAAAUUGUCGGUGGCCUGUUUUAGAAAUGAUGGUUCAGAUGAAAUUAUUGGCAUUAGUAUAUUAACGGUGGUCGAAAAAGCAGACAUAAUAAGCAAAACCAUUGCCACAUAUAUAAAUGACAAACUGGACGAAUUUAUUAGUUUAAUAAGAGAUCUGUACAGCUUUGAUACGUUUCAAAAAUAUGGAGUUAAGGAAUACUUGACUAGUGAUGGUUUUGGAAUUGAUCCCAAGUACAAAAAUACUGGCAUCGACGUGGAAUUGGUUAAAAUCAGUGAAAAAAUUUGUCGGACAUUCGGCAUUAAGUUGACAUCAAGUAUAUUCAUAUCGGAUCCCAUGAAUAAAAUAGCUGACAAACUUCGUUUUAAGCCCAAUAAUGACAGAAGCUAUAGAGAUAUGCGCCAAAUAUUCGGAAUUAUUCCACCCGUUGUUACGGGAAUAUGUCUUAAGACAUUGGUCAUUUCGUGAAGAGCGAGGAAGAAGGCGUCCAUGGAAAAAAUAAAUUGUUUUUCUUAUUGUACAUUUCAUUGAAUUUCCCCUUUUGAUUUUCGUUUUGAUACAUUUUGUUCGUUGUAAUUGUAAUGAAAUAAAUUCGAAACAUUCAAUAAAAUUCAUGAAAAUGUCACAAAUUGAUGAGUUAAUUGAAAA